GGGAGGGUGUGGGAAGGAGAGAAGCAUAGAGGGAGGCAGAGGAAGAAGGCAGUAGGCUCAUACAGACUCUAACAUACUAACCAGCCCUCGCAGCACUGUUUUCAGUCUUGGAAUGUAAGUGCAGCCGAGAGGGGAACGAAAUAAGCGCCACUGCUAAAUACUGUUAUGUGAGGAGUGGGGACACAGUACAAUGACACCCAAAAACACAGAUGGACUCUACUUCUAAGCUGUAAUACCAAAGGGUUCAGUUGGGUAUCAAAGGCAUAGAAUAACAUGCCUGAUUUGGUGAUGUUGCAUUCCAGUGUGUAUCCUUCCAGAAGUUCAUUACCGUAAGUCAUUAGUCAUACAGAACAAUUUUCCUGUGGAUUUGGAUACCAUGAUAACCAAUCACUACCUGGGUCUAUUGAUGCUCUCCAUCCUGUGGACAAUCACUGCCAUGCCAGUGGCACCUGAAAAUACUGGUAAUCUGUUCGGAACAUUGCCGGAGAAAGAUGAUGGGAGGAUACUCCAGCGUUCCAAACGAGGAUGGAUGUGGAAUCAAUUCUUUCUUCUCGAGGAGUAUACAGGGAAUGACAACCAGUAUGUCGGCAAGCUGCACUCUAACAUGGAUCGAGGGGAUGGUAACGUGAAGUACAUUCUUACUGGAGAUGGUGUGGGGAGCUUAUUUCUAAUAGAUGAGAACUCAGGUGACAUUCAUGCCACUAAGAGGUUGGACAGAGAGGAGAGGGCAAUAUACACACUCCAUGCUAAGGUGGUGGACAAGAGAACCAACGAGACACUGGAGCCUGAUACUGAGUUUAACAUCAAGAUCCAUGACAUCAAUGACAAUGAGCCAAAGUUCUUUAAAGAAAUAUAUUUUGCCAGUGUCCCAGAGAUGUCUGAUGUAGGCACGUCAGUUAUUCAAGUCACUGCAACAGAUGCUGAUGAUCAAACAUACGGAAACAGUGCCAAGCUAGUGUACAGUAUCCUACAGGGUCAACCUUAUUUCUCAGUGGAUUCAGACAAUGGGACCAUCAGGACAGCCCUUCCCAACAUGGACAGGGAGACCAAGGAGAACUACCAGGUUGUGAUCCAGGCCAAAGACAUGGCUGGCCAGAUGGGGGGCUUAUCGGGGACCACCACAGUCAGCAUCACCCUUUCUGAUGAGAAUGACAGCCCACCCCGCUUCGCUAACCAUACAUUUCGUCUGACCACUCUGGAGUCGGCUGAAGUAGGAGCAGUCAUUGGUCGGAUCAAGGCUAACGAUGCAGACAUGGGGCGGAAUGCUGAGAUGCACUAUAGCAUUGUUGACCGAGAGGGACAGGACAUGUUCACUAUCAUCACAGACCAAAACACACAGGAGGGUUUGAUCAGGGUGAAAAAGCCACUAGAUUUUGAGAGAAAAAGGACAUACUCAUUCAAAGUUGAGGUGACCAACACCUAUCUGGACCCCAGGUUCAUAUACAGUCCAAAUCCUCCGUUCAAGGAUGACGCCAUGGUGCGCAUCACGGUAGCCGAUGUAGACGAACCGCCAGUUUUCAGCAGGAACCCUUAUAUCAUCGAAGUACAUGAGGACACGGCCGCUGGCAGCCUGGUUGGCGUGGUGUCAGCCAAGGACCCUGAUGCUGACAACAACCCAGUCAAAUACUCCAUUGACCGCCAUACUGAUCUGGAGAGACUAUUCAACAUUGAUUCUGUAAACGGCACCAUUACAACACUGAAAGCCCUUGACAGAGAAAUGUCAAAAUGGCAUAACAUCUCUGUAGUUGCAACCGAAAUAAGUAACCCUCGCCAAACCACUCGAGUACCAGUGUUCAUCAGGGUGCUGGAUGUAAAUGAUAAUGCACCUGAAUUUGCCAUGUAUUACGAGACAUUUGUCUGCGAAAAUGUCAAAUCUGGACAGCUGAUUCAGACGAUAAGUGCAGUUGACACAGAUGAGCCUCUUGUUGGACAUAAGUUUGUGUUCAGUAUAAGCUCCUCCAAUCCAAACUUCACUAUUGUUGACAAUGAAGAUAACACAGCCAGAAUCCUGACUCGGAGGGGAGGUUUCAGCCGCCGUGAGAUGAAUACCUACCUUUUGCCUGUGGUAAUCUCGGACAAUGACUACCCAAUCCAGAGCAGCACCAGCACAUUGACUGUGAAUGUGUGUGCCUGUGACAGCCGGGGAAACAUGCAGUCCUGCAACACAGAGGCGUUGCUGUCUGCCGGCCUGAGCACCGGAGCUCUAGUCGCUAUCCUGCUCUGUGUCAUCAUCCUACUAAUGAUCGUGGUGCUUUUCGCUGCCCUGAGGAGGCAGCAGAGGAAGAAGGAGCCUCUGAUCAUCUCCAAAGAGGAUGUGAGAGACAACGUCGUCAGCUACAAUGAUGAAGGAGGCGGAGAGGAGGACACCCAGGCCUUUGAUAUCGGUACGCUGCGCAACCCAGAGGUGAUGGAAGCUAACAAACUGCGCAGGGACAUCAUCCCAGAGAUGCUCUUUCCCUUCCGGAGGACGUCACCUAUAAAGGAUAACGCCGACGUCAGAGACUUCAUUCAUGGACGGCUCCAUGAGAAUGACACAGACCCCACAGCACCCCCUUACGACUCACUGGCCACGUAUGCCUACGAAGGAAGCGGCUCAUUGGCUGAGUCCCUGAGCUCCCUGGAGUCGGGAGCUACUGAGGGGGACCAGGAGUACGAUUACCUCAGCAACUGGGGACCACCCUUCAAAAAACUAGCAGACAUGUAUAUAGAGAAGGAUAUAGAAAGGGAAACCUAGAUCACAGUUAUACCUAUACUACAGGAGCUAAUCAUCAAAAUGUCUAGAUAUUCGCUCUCACACACUCUCCUGCCAUCCAUCCUUUCAUCUGGAUGGGCAAGUAGAAUUCAAGACUUGAAAAAACUCACUACUGGUGGUGACACUUCUUAAAAUGUUGCUGUUUUUGGUUAUACUCAUGAAAGAUGCCUUUGAAUUUUAGGACAUUUUGUGAACAAUGGUGUGGACAAUGUGUUUUGUAACAGAGGAGCAAGAUAGUAGUCUUGUAUACUAUCAAUGUUUAUUUGGAGAAAAAAAAUAAAGAAAAAAAGCUUUUUCCGGCAAAGCAAAUUUGAACUAGAUACAUGUAUGAACAGUUUUUUUUUUCCCAUUAUGGACAUGCUAUAUCCUAUUUGUUAUCUUUGUUUGACAAGCAAUGUUCAUGUGAAAGGUUAGUAAGGUUAAUAUGUCACACUGUGGAUUCAUUUAAUCAUAUACUGUAGGUGUACAAUGUAACAAGGAUGAUAUACAGUAGGUGUACAAUGUAAUAAGGACGUAUACGUUGUAGAGUAACUGUCACAGACCGAAUAAUUCAUGUUGUUUGAAUGCCAAGUCAUAUUGUUUUAUAUUUAUAUUUUUUAUACUUAUUUUAUUAAUAAAAAUUCCAUAACAAAACACUUUAUUUAUAUUUUUAGUGUGCAUAGUUCAUCCCUUGGCCUCCGUACAAGUGAUAAAUAAAUGAUAGCAGUUCCAUAAUAUUUUGCAGAUUAAGGACAUUGUAAUUUUUUGGGCCACA